AUGUUUUAUAAGGAAUUGCAUAAGGGUAUCACCAAGGAUCUGUUUUCAGGGCCAGAAGAUGGGGCUAAUGAGGUGACUAUUUGCGCAGUGCAUUUUUCGAACGCAAUACAAUUGUCAAUUAGACUUAAUGGUGAAGUAGAUGCUAGUUAUGAGGUGAAGCCGAAGGGUAUUUCCAGAAGUGUUGGGGAUGUUGGGCCGUUGACGUUGGAAAUGUUGGAGGGCGAGGACGGUGAUGAUGAUGAAAGUGUGUACGUAGAUGAUCACAUGUCGAGAUACCAUAUCACAACCAAAAUGGGAGCUGCUGACGAUCAAAAGUUGCCUGUGGUUUGCAUGCAAAUCGCUGAGUUGUACAGAAGGGUUAUAGUUCCUGCAAAUUUAGAUGGGAGAGCAGAGGAUGCACCUAACCAUCAUAUGUUGAUAACCUUGUCUACCAAAUUCUGGAGAAGAGGUGGCACUGCCAAUCAUGCGAAGGGUAAUGACUUUGAGAUACUGGUCUUUUUGUUGCAGUCUAUAAAAGAAGCUUAUGGAUUGGGAAGCUGA